AUGUGGCGCUUGCACAGCGACCACGGCAGGCAAUGGUGGACUUUCUCGACCAGUGACGCAGAGACGAACCUUGAUGACCCAGCGCUUGCAAAGGAAGCUGCGCUCAUCGAGGAGGCCAGAAGGACCUUCCACGAGCACCGAUUUGAGCGAAAACAGGCAGCGGAUCAGGUAUAUAGGAUCCAAGCGCUCUUGCGUGCCCAGGGCGUGCUGAGCAACGCGGAACUCUCUGAGGAGUAUGCGAAAGCAGCAACGCUAGGUGAGCUUGACGCGACGUUGUGGCGAGGCUUCUGUUGGUACGCUCGACUGCAGCAACCCGACGGACACUGGCCCGGUGACUACGGCGGACCUAUGUUUCUUUUGCCUGGUCUGUUGAUUGUGUGCUAUAUCUCUCGCACCGCUUUGCCUGAGCCCUAUCGUGUGGAAAUGCGUCGUUAUCUCUUGAACAUGCAGAAUCCGGAUGGUGGCUGGGGACUUCACAUUGAAGCGCCCUCGGGAAUGUUUGGUACUGUGCUGAACUAUGUUGCGCUGCGUCUGCUGGGUAUGGAGGCCUCCGAGGAGCCGCUGGUCUCCGCUCGCCGCUUUAUUCAUGAACACGGUGGUGCUGUUAUGACACCGUCCUGGGGCAAGUUCUGGCUGGCCUGCCUUGGUUGCUACAGUUGGCGAGGCAUGAAUCCGCUGACUCCGGAGAUGUGGCUGCUGCCGUACGGAAGCGGUGAUCCUACGGGUAGCACCCGUCCGGCGAUUGGCUGGUUCGCAAAUCCGAUUAUGCCGGCACGCUACUGGUGCCACUGUCGGGUGGUGUACCUACCCAUGAGCCACAUAUACGGAAAGCGUGCCAGUGGUCCAGAAACGCCGCUCGUGCUUGCAUUGCGUGAGGAGCUGUACAUUGAGCCUUAUGAUCAGAUUGAUUGGCCGCGGUACCGACACGUCUGCAGCUCGUUGGAUGAGUAUACGCAUCGUCCGCGAGUGCAGAAAUGGCUCUGGGAUGUGCUCUAUGUGUACGAGUGGAGCAACAACCCGCUUAUUCGUCGUCUACGUGAUCGGUGGCUUCGGCCGCGAGCCCUGCAAGAGACGUUGCUCCAGGUGCGUCAGGAGGAUUAUAACACCAAAUGGAUUUGCAUCGGUCCUGUGAAUAAGGCCAUUAACAUGCUCGUUGCCUGGUAUGAUCGCACCUCGUCUGACGCGGAAGCACAUUUUCGAGCGCAUCAAGAUCGAGUGAAAGAUUAUCUCUGGGUAGCUGAGGACGGAAUGAAAAUGCAGGGCUAUAAUGGGUCGCAGCUGUGGGAUACGGCGUUUGCCGCACAGGCAUACGCAGAGAGCGCCGACCUCUUUCUCGACACAGACUCGUGCCUGGAGCGCGUGCUUCUCGCUUGCUGGCGUUACCUCGAGAUGUCUCAGGUUCUCGAGGAUGUUCCGGAAGCGGCUCGUUUCUAUCGUCAUAUCAGCAAGGGGGCCUGGCCCUUCAGUACCAGGGAUCAUGGGUGGCCCAUCUCCGACUGCACCGCCGAAGGUCUUCGCGCCGUGCUAGCCAUUCGUGCGCUCUUCCGAGAGCGCGGCAAGGAGGCGCUUCUGGAGCCACCGAUCAACGACGAGCGCAUCUUCGAUGCGGUGAACGUGAUACUGAGCUUCCAGAACCCGUCCGGCGGUUGGGCAACGUAUGAGAACACCCGCAGCUAUCCGUGGCUUGAAUACCUGAAUCCAAGCGAGGUCUUCAGUGAUAUUAUGAUUGACUGGGAUCACGUAGAGUGCACGAGUGCUUGUGUGCGCACGCUCAUUGUCUUUCUGAAAGCUUAUCCGAAUCAUCCGCGGACUGCUGAGAUUGCUACAGCAAUCCGGCGGGGUGUCCAAUUCAUGAAGCGAAUCCAGCUACCUGACGGCAGCUGGUACGGGAACUGGGGUGUGUGCUUCACCUACGGUACCUGGUUCGCUGUCGAGGCGCUCGUAGACGCCGGUGAGCGACUUGACUCGUGUCCAGCGCUGGAACGCGCAUGCCAGUUCCUGGAAGAGCACCAGCACCCCAGCGGUCUCGGUGGCUGGGGCGAGACCUUUGAGAGCUGCAGCAAGAAACGUUGGCACCAUUCUCCCGAAAUACAGACAGUCAACACCGCCUGGGCGCUGAUGACGCUGCUCGCGGCGCGUUGGUAUCAACGCGGUCCGGAACAACGGGAACUUGUCCACCGUGCAGCGCGUGUGCUCAUGUCCGCACAACGCACAAGCGAUGGCUCGUGGGAUCAGCAGCUUAUCAGGGGCGUCUUCAAUCGCAACUGCAUGAUCACGUACAACUACGAGACGGUUUUUGCGAUUUGGGCCCUGGGACGGUAUCGCCGUGCCCUGCAGACGGACCUGGUGGCCUGA